AUGGAGCCGGAACCUGACCAGCCUGUGCGCCCUCCUCCCACCCUGACGAACCCUCGGUUUACUCUGGAACUCGAGUUUGUUUCCUCCCUCGCCAAUCCCUAUUACUUGUCCCACCUUGCAGUCAGCUAUCCGAGUCUCCUUGGAAUCUCGCGCGCCGAUGAUGACGACGAAUCCUCCUCUGCCCCCGAUGCACAGGCAUUCACCGCAUACCUCGCAUACCUCUACUCAUACUGGAAGACCUCGGAAUAUUCGCAGUUCUUGACUCACCCUGGUCCAACCCUGCGCGCACUCCGUUUGCUCCAGGAGGACAGGUUCCGCCGUGAGAUCAUCUUACCUCAGGUCAUUGAAGGACUUGCCGGUCUGGGUGUGCCCAAUGACCCCGCUGCAGCUGAGGCUAUCGACGGUGAUGCUACAGGCCAAAAUGCUGAGCCGCAAGAGGACCAAAAUGGUACCAAGACCUGA